CAAUCAGCGUCGAGCAAACAGUCCGGACGGAACACAACCCGUGACGUAUACGGUCAGCAUUCUACUGUGCGGACAAUCAAUAAACAGCUUCUGCAAAGUAACAACAAACCCAUAUAUCCAGCAUUUUUGAGGAUAUUAAAUACAGUUAUGGACUCCACAUCGACCAUCGGGGGGUUCAUCAGCACCCUCUCUGAGAUGGGCUUCAGUGAAGAUCAGAUACAGGCAGCGAUGCAGGCCGGGUUCUUCUCUGUACCAGAAGCGGCUGAAUGGCUUUUGCAGGGUGGGAGUCCACGGCAUAAACUGGUCAAGCAGCCUUCAGGUCCUUUAGAGACGGCGUUUUCUGCCUUCAACCCUCCCAAAGAUGCUCUCUGCACUAACAAUAAAUCACAGUCUGAAGGAACAGGUCCUUCAUUGGUCUUGGCACCUCCUUCUGUGAAUGCUCCCACAGCAAUAGAGCAUCCACCCCUGGAAACACGGAUCAAGCAGGAUAAGAGUCAUUUCCACGAGCAGCAGAGGCAGCGAGUGGCUCAAGAGGCGCGGGCAGAAAGGAGACAGAAGAAGCAGGAGCGUGAGUUGGUAUUGAAGAGGAUCGCAGAGGACCGGCGCAGUCAGCAGGAGAAGGCACAAACUGAAGCCACGGCUGAGACGUCUCCAUCCAGUGGACAGGGCCAGAGACUGGGAGGACGUGUGGAGACCAGCGUGGACAACCACUGCAUCCUCAUGAUUCGGCUUCCCUCCGGGGAAUCAAUGCGCGAGCGUUUUCCUGCAGACACUCCCUUAAGUCACGUCGUCCAGUACAUUGCCGGCUGCCACCCUUCGCUACCUGCUUUCUCCCUCCUGCAGGGGUUUCCUCGAAAGCGAUUUGGAGAAGCUGAGCUAACCUGCUCCCUCCGGUCUCUAGGACUGACUCCCAAUGCUGCACUUUGCAUACAGACCACGCCCCCCGAGACGCCUCAGGACCCGCCCAGUCCAGCAUCCCGAUUGGCCGUUGUAGGGCAGGUGGAGGCGGAGCCACAGGAAGAGCCAGUGGCGCCACCAAAUGAGCAACCCCAGGUGGAGGCCGGGGCUUUAGAGGAACUGGAGAUGCCUCCACCUCUGCCCCAUCAGCUGUGGGAGGAAGCAGUGGGGUAUGCUGGGAUUCCUGGGGUCGGACCUCCGCUGUCAGGACCCUCUCAUUACUGGGGACGAGGCCAUAAACUGGUGCGAGGCGAUCCAGGAAAUGAGGAACAUUUGGAAAAUGAGGAGCAACCAGAAGAAGAAGUUGUACCUCCAUUUCAUCUCAACGGACUGCCACAGUUGCCCUUCUUCCUGGAGAACAGGGCAAGAGCGGGACUGGAGCCGAGACAUCACUGGCCGGAGCAGGGCAACAGACUCAGGGAGGCGGAGCCUGAUGAGCCAGCAGACCCUGAGGAAAUCCGUGUAUUGCGUGGAGCUGCGGGUCAAGCUGCUGUCGAGCGUUUACAGCGAGCCGCCCAUCACGACGAGCAGCAGUCGCCACACGGGCAUCCCUCGCCCCCCAAAAAAGCCUUCAAGACCCCCCGCGUGCCGUCUCUCUGCUCGAUGGCCACCAGGGCCACCGUUUCCCUCAUGACAGCUCCCAGCAUGCAGUACAGCAGCAGCCUGGCGUGUUUGACCCCGGAGCUGGCUGAACUCUUGUUGGCUCAUAUGGCACGUGAACGUCUCCUCCGCCCGCGUACCCUGGAGCUGUUCUUCGGCUGCCCGCUGCAGAAGUUUGUCCUAAACUGCUACCCAUACACCACCAACGAGCUGCUGCGGCAACUGAGGGCGUUUUCCUGUCUCAAACAUCUCAGCUUCGUCAACUCUCCUCUCAUCACAGACGCUGGUCUUUCAGUUUUGUCCAACCUCUCAAAACUGCAGCAUCUCAACCUGUCGUCUUGUAGCAAACUAACAGACAGCUGUUUGCAGCAUAUCACAGGACUGCGCAGUCUGACGUUCCUGGCUCUGGACCAGACCAAAGUAAGCGAUGCAGGUCUGCUGAUGUAUCUGCAGUCGGGUUCUUCUGCGCUGUGUCAGCUCAGCCUCAAUCAGACGGCCAUCACAGAGAACACACUGAGAGUGCUGCCCGCAUGUGUACCACAGCUACGAAUGCUCAGUAUUAAACACACCAAGGUGAGUGAUGUGUCUGCUCUCGCAGAGCUCAGAAACCUGCAGACGCUUCACCUGGACGGCACAGGUGUGCGAGAAAAUACUCUCCAGUGCCUAGCAACCCACCCCAGCCUAUCAGCGCUCAGCCUGGCCGGCAUACCGGUCGCCGAUGGAAACCACACGCUGGAGAUCAUUUCAGGCCUAAGGCUUACCCAGCUCACCCUGCCCGGCAGACACUCUGUGACGGACAGUGGACUUACGUUUCUCUCCAGACAGACUUUGCUCGUAGAGCUCGACCUGACGGACUACACUCAGCUCACUGACCACGGCAUUACACAGCUUGCAAGCAUGACCAGGUUGAAGAAGCUGUCUCUUAGCAACACUCAGGUGAGUGACAGCGGGCUCCAGGGACUGAUCAGUCUAAAAGAGCUCCAGGAACUGUGUCUCGACCGUACAGCUGUCACCAGCAGGGGUGUGGCAGCCUUGAUCACACACUUACCACAUCUGCAGGUGAUGGGUUUGGCCAGUACACAGGUGGGUGAUACGGUGAUCAGACGAGGUCUAGUUCACUGUCCACAGCUGCUGAAACUCAACCUCAGCAGAACCAGAAUCACAGAUCAGGGUCUGAAGUUCCUGUGUCGUAUGCAGCUGAGUCAAGUGAACCUGGAUGGCACAGGCGUAACUCUUGUUGGCAUUGCUAACCUGAUCUCUGCCUGCCAUCAUCUGACCAGCGUACGGGCCAGCCACACCCGCGCCAUUCCUCCUGACCAACAGUCUGACGACGACGAUGAUGACGGCAACACCACACGCUCCUAGAUGUUUCUGUGUAUUCUUCAAACACGGCCAUGAUACCCUUCAGCUGUUUCUCAGAGGGCAGAUUAUUCAGAGCUUCCUUUUUCCAUAAGUAGCACUACAAUCUCACUUGGGUUCGACAAUCAAGUUGAAAUACGUUUUUGAAUGUGGUUAAACAGCGCAAGGAACAAAGUGUUCAAACUUAACCUGCGUUUGGUCUGGAACAUGAAUAUGCACACUUCAAAUUGAUAUUUUCUCUGGGCAUUUCGCAUUUUUUUUUGUGUUAAUUAAUUAAAUAUCAUUUAAAAAUACUGUCGACUUAUAAUACAGCAUACAGCAAAAACAAAAGGUGUCAUAAUUUAGUAAUAAUGAUGCUCAAAUAUUGAUAAUCAACAGUAUGCGUGACAGAUGUAGAAGUGUUUGAAUCUGUUACAUCGAGUAUUGAGGAUUUGUGCACGAAGAUGAUAUUUUUAUUUUAAAAAUGAAUGAGGAAUAGGUGUUAAUGAAUGACAGGUGGAUAUAUUUUGGAUAAAUGCAUCUGAAUGAUUGAUUGAAGUGGAAAGUCUUUUGGACUUGAAGGUGGCAUUUCAUUUAAUUACAUGCCAAAGUCAGUGUUGUUUUACUGGCGUGUUACUGAAUCUAGCAGCUGUUUUACUCCUACAUGUGUAUUCAUUUUGGAUGCAAGUUUGUUAUCAUAUCUUUUAAUUCGAGGAUUUAUUAGUCUACUUGCACAUGCAUCUGUCCUUAACUUACACAGUUUUUCAGAAGAUACAAAAAAGUCACAAAUCGUGAAAUCCCCAAAAAAUGCUCCGCAUCAUCACAUUGGCGUUCGACUGUUUCUGUAUGCAUUAGUGUUGUACCUUAAAGCGUUUGAAUGCAAUAACAUUUAAAAUAUAAAAACAUAAAGAUCUCAAUCAUAUCUGGAAUAAAAGGUCUAUGUAUUAAAGAAAAAAAGUCUAAAUUCUAAACAUACUUUGAAUGCACGGUGCUGUUCUGUCUUGAUCUGACGCAAAGGUUUGUUGAAACUGUCAAAUGCAUUCUCGUUGCCAACAGUUGUCUGGUCUGAAUGAAAAUGAGAUGCACAUUCAGAACUCAGGAGCUAGUCAGUGGUGCAUCAUGAACACGGUAGCGUCUUUUUCACAUUUAUUUAAAAUGCCAUGAAUUUUCAGUGUGUAUGUUGCUACAACCCCAAAAUAGGUAUUUCACUGUUAACCCACUGAAUGCUUUUUGAUGUGUUAGAAAACAAUAGUUCUGUGACAUUAGUGCAAGUAUACAGAAAAUAUACACAACGAUUCAUUAAGGAAGUCUACUAACAAAAACUGAGUGUGAAUGUAUGGCACAGCUCGUAUUAAAUGCUUGUUGUACAGUAAAUUCAUUCAGUCUGCUCCACACUUGUACAGUUUAUUUUGCUGGUAACUAGGAUGGUCUAAAACUAUUUUAUACUUUAAGUUUACAACGUUAAUAAAAGCUACAUUUUGCAAUGGUUA